AUGCCCGGCGCCGCUGAAAAUCGUCGCACACCUCCCCGCUCAUCACCCGCUCAUUCUUGGGGCUCCGGCUCUUCUCAUCCGAGCUCGAGCGAGUCCGAGGGCCGCCCCAGGUUCUUCGGUCCGCGGCGAGGAGGAGCACAGUACAACAACGGUUCCAACUCGUGGGGCAACAACCAAACGCCUAGCCGACCGAGCGGCCAGCACUUCCGGCGCAACAGGAUAAACUCCUCUUCUGACACGGACUCGGUCGAGCGUUUCGCAGGCGCACGGUUUUCCUCGCCGCCCAGCCCAAAUGCAGUACCGCUGCCACCACUCGAGUGGCUCAAUGUCGCCAACAACAAAGAGCAUCAAGAGUCCCCCCCGACUUCACCGUUCUCCGACGAGCUCAGUUCCGCCACUCUAAUUCUCAAAGACAUUCUCAGCUUCAAGGCCUAA